AUGCCUUCAGCUAUUUCUCCUUCAUCAGGCCAUACUCAACAACCUAAUAACAGCAACGACUUUGGGAGCGAACAGACACACGACGCAGGACAAGAAUCACUCUUAUCUCAGGACUUUGAAGCCCUGACCAAUAUCGACGACAUUCGCGAAUGCCUUCGAUUGCUUGAUGAGGAAGAGACGCGGAUCGAUGCUUCACUUGACGAAAUGCUUUCCAAGGAAUCGGAUUUAUUAGAAGCAUUAGGAACACUUGAUGUACUAAGGCCACAAUUGCGAAACUUGAAAACAGAUUCUUCACAAAUGGUGGAUACUAUCACGAAAACGUCGCGACUUGCGGAAGGCAUCAGUGAUAAAGUUCGACAACUCGACCAGGAACAGUCCAGGGCAAAAGAAUCAAUUCAUUAUGUUGAAGAUGUCCAGGAACUUAAACGAUGUAUAGCUGGUAUCCAGGAAGCGAUGCAGCAUAAAGAUUAUGAUGCAGCAGCCAGUUUAUUACAGAGUGCGUCGCGUAUUGAUUCAGCCAUUUUGAAUGGCUCUUUGGCCGAAUUUACUGUGCCAACAUCCGAAAACCCUGAUCAUCCAGCUAAAACGCUUUCAGACGCCAAAUCUGCGUUAUUCGACAUAUUCUCUCAACGAUUUGACGAUGCAGUCAUGCAGCGCAACGAAGCAGACAUCACGCGCUACUUUAAACUAUUCCCACUUAUCGGGUGCCAAGCUGAAGGCCUGGAUCGAUAUUCUCGAUUUGUAUGCAAUAUUGUCAAGGCACGAUGUAGCGAAGAGCUACGCAUGGGGAACACCUCAUCGCCAGUAUAUUUCGCCGAUACCCUCACACGACUCUUUGAGAAUAUUGCUGUUAUUAUCGAUCAACAUCAACCCUUGGUGGAGCUGCAUUAUGGACGAGGACGGAUGUUACGUGUGAUUCAGCGGUUACAAGAGGAGAGUGAUGUGGAAAGUGGACGUAUAUUAGAUCAAUUCGUACAGAAUCGCAAGUUGGAAUCUAAGCUCGUAGAGAUCCAGUCACUGAAUAUUGCCAUGAUCCGUUCGUCUACAACAAAUUGGAGCACGUCGCCUGGAGGAGCAAAUGGAGUAGCAACAAGUGGCAGUAAUGGGUCUCCAAAUGCUGGUGCAACAGGACAAACGAGCAACGGUAAUCCACUGACAGACCCACGUCAACUCGAUGCCAAUCUCUUGGAACUUGCCUUGAUAAGUCAAAGGGGCGCGUUAUUCUAUCAAUUUAUCAACGAGCGGGCAGAUGAUGAAAUGGAGCAAAUUGGGACAGACGAAUCGACGCAGGAUAUGAUCAUGCAUGGCAAGGAUAAACGAUACUAUGGCAACAACGGACUUCUUGCUUCUUCUGGAUUAGCUAAACGCACAAAGGAGCUAAUGAACUCGUACUUGGUGAUCGACAAUUAUCUUUUAAAACGAAAUGUUGAUAAGGCUAUGAAAUUGGACGAUUAUGACCCAUCAUCGAGCCAAACAUCCACUUGCGUCGACGACGUUUUCUUUAUCCUCAAAAAGGUUAUCAAGCGCAGCAUAUCUACGUGUGAGCCAGAAGUCAUCACAACAACCGUCAAGGCGGUUCUCAAGGCACUAGAUUCAGGCUAUCUUCAAGUUUUUCAACAAAAGAUGUCGGUAACAUUUGCUGGACAGGAGCCUGGUAAUCGCAAUGCUGAGCGAUCUGCUGAGCAGGCGAAAAUAAAUUACAUGGUGUUGCUCAAUAAUUUAAAUGUGAGUGCCGAGUACAUGCAACGACUUGCGCAGGACGCACGACCUGAAGUGGAGGCAGCUAUUUGGAAGGACAAGGAGCAUGAUUUAAAGAUUGCAAUCAAAGCCGUGAAUGACCUAGCUGCUGCGUCUUCCAAGUUCCAGAAAUUAUUACAGAGCGGCAUGGAACAACUGAUGGGACAGAUCUUGAAACCACGGGUCCGACCUUUGUUUCAACAUGCCUAUCAUGAGGUUAAAUAUGUUUUGGAGGAGGAUGAGUACAAUGAAGCCGACGUGGAUGAAUUAUUUGUCAAACGAUUCCGAGGAGGUUUUGACAGACUGAUCAAUUCCUACCAACGUACGCUUACGGAUGCCAAUUUUGCUGCCAUCAUGGGCUUGCUUCUUGACGCUAUCACGGCUCAGUGGGAACGUAUCAUAUCUCAAACUCGGUUUAACCAGUACGGUGCUUUACGGUUCGAUAAGGAUUUGCGGUCUGUGAUCCAUCAUCUCUCUUCAAUGACCGAAUGGCUUUCUCGUGACCGAUUUACGCGGCUGAACCAAAUGGCUACUCUGCUUAAUUUCGAAGAGCCCUCUGAAAUAUACGACUAUUGGGGUGCAAAGGCUGGUCCUGUUAGUUGGCGGCUCACCGUUGCAGAAAUCAAGAAAAUACUAACAUUAAGACUCGAUUUUAAUGCCGAAGAAGUAGCAAAUCUUUCCUUGUACUGA